UAGUCCCGCCUGGUGCGAGGUGCUGGAAGGUGAGGAUCUGGAGACAAGCGAAAAUUGGCAGAAGACAGGCAUCACCGAUGACCAAUCGCUGGAGAACAAGAGUGGGGCUUUGAGGUGGCCGGAGCGACUGGUGCCAGAGGGACGGAGGGAGUCGCCCAGAGGGCGACGAGGACUGGUUGCGAAGCUGAAGAUGGGCAGACACGGCGACCAGUCACAAGGGCCGUGGGCGUUAUGCCAUGGGCGGGGCUUGAAUACGCAAGGUGCUGCGCUUGUCCCUGAGCAUGGCGGCCAGAGGUGCUCUCUACACCCUCGUCAGGUGCCCUGAAGCUGUGCUGAGUGAACUUGAGCCAUCACGGCUGCUGGACUUGUGGAUAAUGCUGGUCCCCUCCCCGCCAUUCCCCUGCAAACAAGGCGGAGAGGGUCAACUCGCUGGAGGUCAUUCAGGCUCACCUCUGCAGUUCUGGGUUGGUGUGAAGACGUGGAAAAAGGUCAGAGAAACAUGGCAGCAAGGCGAAUUGCACAGGAGACUUUUGAUGCUGUAUUACAAGAAAAAGCUAACCGGUAUCACAUGGACCCCAGUGGUGAAGUUGUAGGUGAAGCUCUGCAAUUUAAAGCUCAAGAUCUUAUAAGGACACUCCCAAGAGUCAGAGCAGAUAUGUAUGAUGACAUUCACAGUGACAGCAGAUACACUCUGGGAGGAUCUGUAGCUCACUCUCGAGAUGCUGGGAGAGAAGGCCUGAGAAGUGAUGUGUUUCCAGGACCCUCCUUCAGAUCAAGCAACCCUUCUGUAAGCGAAGACAACUACUAUCGCAAAGAAUGUGGCCGCGAUCUGGAAUUUUCCCACCCUGACUCCCGAGACCAGGUCUUUGGCCACCGGAAAUUGGGAUAUUUCCGUUCUCCAGACUGGAAAUUUACACUUCGUGGCUCUUGGGAACAAGACUUUGGCCACCCACUUUCUCAAGAAUUGUCUUGGUCACAGGAGUGUAAUUUUGGUCCUUCUUCACUAUUGGGAGACUUUGGGUCUUCCCGGCUGAUUGAGAAAGAGUGUUUGGAGAAAGAGAGUCGGGAUUACGAUGUGGACCGUCCAGGAGAGGCAGACUCUGUGCUUAGGGGCAGCAGUCAAGUUCAGGGCAGAGGCCGAGGUCUAAACAUCGUUGAUCAGGAAGGUGCUCUCCUAGGAAAGGGGGAGUCUCAGGGCCUGCUCACACCUAAAGCGGGUCUCGGGAAACUUGUCACACUGAGAAAUGUGAGCACAAAAAAAUUACCCACUGUAAAUCGUAUUACACCCAAAACUCAGGGCACUAACCAAAUCCAGAAAACCACCCCAAGUUCUGAUGUGACCCUAGGGACAAACCCAGGAACGGAAGAUAUCCAAUUUCCUACUCAGAAGAUCCCUCUGGGUCUCAAUCUGAAGGACGUUCGGCUCCCAAGAAGAAAGAUGAGCUUUGACCUCAUAGAUAAGUCUGAUGUUUUUUCAAGAUUUGGGAUAGAAAUAAUUAAAUGGGCAGGAUUCCACACCAUAAAAGAUGAUGUUAAAUUUUCCCAGCUUUUCCAAACUCUCUUUGAACUUGAAACUGAAACUUGUGCUAAAAUGCUUGCCUCAUUUAAAUGCUCCUUAAAACCAGAGCACAGAGAUUUUUGCUUUUUUACUAUCAAAUUUUUAAAGCACUCUGCUUUGAAAACACCUAGAGUCGAUAAUGAGUUUUUAAACAUGCUUUUAGACAAAGGUGCUGUGAAGACCAAAAAUUGCUUUUUUGAAAUCAUAAAGCCCUUUGACAAGUACAUAAUGAGGCUUCAAGACCGACUUCUAAAGAGUGUCACACCCCUACUCAUGGCUUGCAAUGCCUACGAACUGAGUAUCAAAAUGAAGACCCUCAGUAACCCCCUGGACUUGGCUGUUGCCCUGGAGACCACCAAUUCUCUGUGCCGGAAGUCUUUGGCUCUUUUGGGACAGACAUUCUCCUUAGCCUCUUCUUUCCGGCAAGAGAAAAUCUUAGAAGCAGUUGGCCUCCAAGAUAUAGCUCCCUCUCCUGCUGCAUUUCCAAACUUUGAGGACUCCACUCUGUUUGGGAGAGAGUACAUAGAUCACCUGAAGGCCUGGCUGGUCAGCAGUGGGUGUCCACUUCAGGUCAAGAAAGCCGAAACUGAGCCAACUCAAGAUGAGAAAACGGUUUCUCCUAGCCAACCUGAAAUUCAGGCCAAGGCUCUGAGUGGUCUGAGUGAUGCCAUCCCCCAGCGAGCAGAUCAUAAGAUGGUGGACACCAUCGACCAGCUGGUCACUCGUGUCAUUGGAGGCAGCCUGUCUCCUAAAGAGAGAGCUCAUCUCAAGGAGGACCCUGCUUACUGGUUUUUGUCUGAUGACAGUAGUCUGGAGUAUAAAUAUUACAAGCUGAAAUUGGCAGAAGCACAGCGGAUAAGCCAGACCUCGCCAGGAAUGGGUCAGAAGCCAAUGGCAGCAGAAUGUGCAGUUCGGGCUAUGCUGUAUGCCCGGGCAGUCCAGAGCCUCAAGAAGAGGCUCCUUCCAGGGCGGCGGCGGAAGCUACUCCGAGCUCAAGGUCUCCAAGGGUGGAAGAUGAGAAGAGCAACCACCGGGACCCAGACCCUCCUCUCCUCGGGCACCAGGGUGAAACACCACACUCGGCAAGCUCUAGGCUCCUCACAAGGAAAGCAGCCCCAGCCAGAUGCAAAUGAUGCUGCCAAGGACUGUCUGCCAGACCCAGCUGGGCCCUCUCCUCAGGACCUCAGCUCAGAAGCUGCAGGCCCAUCUCCCAAGCCAACAGAAGUGGAUGUAUCCGAAGCCCCUCAGAGCUCCUCUCCCUGCCUGUCUGCUGACGUUGACACAAAGACCAUGGAGACUGCAGAGAAACUGGCCAAAUUUGUUGCUCAGGUGGGACCAGAGAUUGAACAAUUCAGCAUAGAAAACAGCAUUGACAACCCUGACCUGUGGUUUCUACAUGACCAAAAUAGCUCAGCUUUCAAAUUCUAUCGAAAGAAGGUAUUUGAACUGUGCCCAUCAAUUUGUUUUACAUCAUCUCCAUUGAACCUGCAUGCUGGUGAAAGUUCCCUAGAACCCAUGGAAGAGGAAGGAGAGUUUGCAGAUGAGCCUCCUCAGCAGGAGGUUGAGCUGGAGAGUCUAGAGGUGAUGCCUGAGGAGGAGGAGGAAGAGGAAGAUGAGGAAGAGGAGGAGGGGGGCGAGGAGGCCCCCACUCCUGAAGGGUCCUCCAGGGCUAUAGGAGAGGCUGCCAAGUCUGAGGGCUCUGAGGGCAGCCCCCGCACCGAUGGCCUUCCAAGCGAGGCAGCCGAGGAUGGCUCAGCUGGUACAUCUGCCCUAUCACAGUCCUCUUCGGGGGCCUGCUUUCCUCGGAAGAGAGUCAGCAGCAAGUCAUUGAAGGUUGGCAUGAUUCCAGCUCCCAAGAGGCUGUGUCUCAUUCAAGAGCCCAAAGUUCACGAACCAGUUCGCAUCGCCUAUGACAGGCCUCGGGGUCGUCCCGUGUCCAAAAAGAAGAAACCCAAGGACUUUGACUUUGCCCAGCAAAAGCUGACCGACAAGAACCUGGGGUUCCAGAUGCUACAGAAGAUGGGCUGGAAGGAAGGCCAUGGCCUGGGCUCCUGUGGAAAGGGCAUCAGGGAGCCAGUUGGCAUGGGAACGGCCUCGGAAGGGGAGGGGUUGGGUGCCGAUGGGCAGGAGCACAAGGAAGACACGUUUGAAGUCUUCCGUCAGAGGAUGAUGCAGAUGUACAGACACAAACGGGCCAACAAAUAGAUGAAAACCAUUGGUGAGAAAGAUAAGCCUUGAAGCAACAAUCACUCUAAAAACGCCACCUCUGCCCCGGAUCCACCCUGGAGUCAGAGCCCAAGUCGGUUCGGUGUGUACGUGAAAAACAAAUGUCUGCAGUUUCUGGUGCGGAGGUUCUGCUGUCUUUUCUUUUUCUUAAAGAAAAAAGAAUGCACCAUUUCCAGUCUGCUUUUACUUUUCCCCUUCUUCCAAAUGCUUUGGGCAGUGUGUCCCCUCCGAAUCUUUCCUGGUUCCCUCAGAAGCAGUGCUGCCAUGGCAGCACCAGCACCUUUAGUGCCCAGGAACCAGCUCCUGUUGGCUUUCCCAUCCAGGGCACAUUGCUCUCCAGAAGUGCUCUGUUAGCAGACUUGAUGCUGAAAUGAUUACUGAUUGUGUCUUCUCUUUGCUUCUAGAAUUUAAACGGGAUAUAAUCUGUACUCUGGCAGCAUAAGCUGUCAAUGGGAGCACUGAAGCUCUGAACAAGUGGAGAUACUUCUUUAUGAGAAUAUUAUUUAUGGAGUCUCAUUUCUUAAAUGCAUCCCAAGAGGCUUAACAAAAUUUAGCAACAAUAUAAUAUAGCUGUAUUCAGUGGAGAGUGGUCACUGAUGAAACUUUCCCCGAAUUUAUACUUCUCUUUAGAAUCCACAAAGAAAGCUAUAGUUUGGUUUUUCUUUUUAAACCACAUAUGGAGUCUCCUGGAAAGGCAUAGGGAUAAACUCUUCAAGACUAUUUUUUGCCUAUGUGGCAGUGGAGAGAAUUGUUUUGUUAGGGCCCUUUCACAGAACAGAAAGCAACCUCUUAGGGUGGGCUCCACAGCUGUUUGCUAUUUCAAGGCCUAUGAUUGCCCGCCUCCCCCCCGCACCCCCUUAUAGCUUCUCCCAGCACUUUUCAACUACGUGGUAAAUUCUCAGGCUGUGGAAAUUUCAACCCUUCUUCCUAAGACAGCAGUGUUGAAGCUUUAAAUAUGUUAAAAUGUGGACAAUUUGGUCAUACUAAUACUGCAAACUUGAGGAACACAGCAGUGAGUUACCUUGCUGGUUGCUUUUAUUGGCUGUUAAGAAAUCCUUGCUUUCUCAGAACAAAGACCCAGCUGUAAUGCUGCCCCUCUGGUCUGUCUUGUCUGUCUGUCCUGCUAUUCACUGUGACAUCUCACCUGCCUGGUGCCAUCUCUCUUCAUGUCAAGUGUAGCCCUCAGAUAUCUCUGUCUGCUUCUGAUCAUUUCUAUUGCCAUAGCAUCUGGCAGGUCUUUAUGGCCAUGGCAACACUGGCAGUCUUUCAGCAAGUGAACCAGCCUGCAAGCAUGGUGUGUCUGGGGAGACCCACACCUGUGGAAGUCCAUCUUCUGCUCCUCUCUUUCCUAAUCCUUCCAUCAGCCUCCCAUAUUGGCUGUGGUUUGGACCACAAGAUGGAACUCUGAGAACAGGGUCUUGGUUGCUCAUGGCCUUUCACAGAGUACUUGUUGGCCUAAGUGAGACAUGCACCCCCCACACAUUUUCUCUCUCUUUUAGCAUAGCUCUGACCGUCAUGUCCACUCUGUCCUAGUGUGCUUAUUCUUGGCUUUCUCUGCUUUAAUUCACAAAUAAAAUGCUUCAGGAAUUCCUGGGAUGUGAGCCCUAUCCCCAUAGCCUCCUGGCACUCCUCCUUCUAGGCACAUCCCACUUUGAGCUGUCACUGUUUGUGAGACUUUAGCAAAUAUUAAAGGAAACACCUAUUUCUUGAGCCUGUUUAGUCCUCUGAGCACUUAAGUGACAUUUCUGUGGAGUCAACAAUUGAGGCGUUGCGGGCGCCAGGGUGGAGCAUAGUGGCGUGUCCUGUGCCAGCUGCCAGCAGAGGACAAGUGCAUGCUGGCCCUCUGUGCCGCCUUGCUCUCUCAGCAAAGGCCGCUUACUCUACCGGGAACUUGCAAGUGUGUGUGUGAGUGUGUGGCCUUGUCAAAGUCACAGCAUCUUUUCUGUCAUUCUAGUUCCAGGGUCUCUCCCGUGAGGACGACAGGCAUCCGGAAAGUGCUAACUCGCCACUUUGGGUGCUUAUUGUCUCUGGCUUGUUUCCAUCACUGGAAAUCAGAUAGAGAAUUUUAGUGUUUUUGGUCCUUCGUAAAACCUAGAAGACAUUUGUGAUGUUACAAAAUGGAAAUUCUUUGUUUUUCUUUUUUUUAAUCUAAGAAGUUGUGAAUGUUAAUCAUUUAGCAGUUGCAAUAAAUGUAGAGGAACCCAA